UGACGCCAGCCGGCAGCUCUCUUGCGCGCGCGGCGUGCUCGCGGCCUGCCUCUCGUCCCCACACUCGACUCGCAGCCUGCUGCUGUUGCAUCAGCUGCAGCCGCAGAGCGAUGCGCUGCGGUGCCCCGCGCACUGCGGUACACCGCCUCGCACCCGUGCAGCCGCGCGCAGAGCACCUCGCUGCUCGCCCGCCAAGCCUGCCGGCGUGCGUGACAGACGCAGAGGCCCGGCUGCGAACGAGAGUCUGGUGACGGCCGGCAGCGCAGGCAGCGCAGCACAGCAAGGCACAUGUGGAGAAGCGGAGCGGCUUACCUCUUCGCUCGUCGACUGCUGUGUCCAGCGCCAGCGGCUGCGGCGCAUACAUAAGAGGGAGCCUGGCUGCGCCGUGCGAUCGUCGUUCACCUACACCCUCAUCCCUCGACGAACAUGACCAAGUUCCUCAGCCUCCUCGCUGCCUCGCUCGCCGCCGUCAGCGCCGUUGCGGCCCAGUCGUUCGGCGAGCAGGUGCUCAGCGCCCUGCGCCAGAACAACCUCACUGCCCUCGCCGACGUCGUGCAGCAGAACCCGUCGCUCGUCGAGGCGCUGCAGUCGAGCGGCAACAAGACGGUGCUCGCGCCGACGAACCAGGCGCUGCAGGCCGCCGGCCAGCUGCCGUCGGCCAACGACCUCGUGCGCCUCAUCACCUACCACGUCCUCAACGGCACCUGGACCAAUGACCGCAUCGACGACGACGACAACGAGCGCAUCGCCGCCUCGACGCUCCUCACCGACGGCGUGCGCCUGCCCGGCAACCGCAGCCAGGUCGUCAUCCUCGACCGCGAGGGCGACGACGACAACGAGCGCUCCUUUGUCAUCGGCACCAACAGCAACGUCUCGUUUGUCUCGGACAACGACGGACCUGCGCUCGGCUCGAUCCUCGUGCAGCCCAUCUCGGGCGUGCUCACCAUCCCGCGGAACCUGUCGACCACGCUCGGCAACAUCUCCGACUCGUCGUCGCUCGUCUCGGCCCUGCAGCAGGCCAACCUGGUCAACGCGCUCGACAACGCGCGCGGCCUGACCGUGUUCGUCCCCAACAACGGCGCCUUCCAGUCCGCCCAGCAGGCGAUUGGCGGCGCGACGCCCGAGCAGGUCGUUGCCGUGCUCUCCAACCACGUCAUCAACGGCACGGUCGUCUACUCCUUCCAGCUCGAGGGCGACGAUGACAACGACGACGGCGGCGCCCGCGUCCGCAACGCCACCACGGCCUCUGGCCAGCAGCUCACCUUCGAGGAGGACGACGACGAGAUCUACGUGCGCUCGGGCGACAUCCGUGCCCGCAUCGUGCGCUCGGACGUGCUCACGAAUAACGGUGUCGUCCACGUCAUCGACCAGGUCCUCCUCAACACCGCCACAAACCAGACGGCCGCCAACGAGGCAGCUGACGACGCUGCCGACAACGCACAGACGGCCGCGCCGCCGGGCUCGACUGGCACGACCGGCUCGGGCUCCGGCAGCGGCUCCGGCGGCAGGAUGGACGGCGCCCAGCAGCUGGCCAGCAUCGGCGUCGCCGGUCUCCUGGCCGUCGUCGCCUCGGCCGCCUUCACUCUCGCCUAAGCGCGCACAGCAUACCCGCCCUACUCCUUCCUCGCCUCUGUUCGCACUUCCAAUCCCGUCUCCGUGCGCCUCUUUCUGUUCACUCUAAGCCGACGCAUCGCAAUCGCGCAAUAACGUC